CCUGCGUACAGUGACUGGAAAUAUUCAUUUUAAAUUUAUACAAAAUGGCUUCUUCAAUAAUAGUGAAAUAGGAAUGAUGUUUUAUAAGAUUAACUGAUUAAAAGUUUCUUGAGAGAAGGAUAAGUCUAUAAUUUUUCAAGCCAUAUAUAUUGUGACGUAAUGGGCGAAGGAGUGAACCUUUCAGAAGAAUAUAAUGACCUACCAAUAAGAAUACUUAGCCCUUCAACUAGACGGUUGAUGUCAAUUCAUCUAGAUCCACCAGCAGUUAUACCGUCUUCACAUGGUGUUCUAGGUGACAUGUCUGGACUGGCAGAACUAGCUGGGUUUGAGUUUUGUCAUAUUCGAUAUUUCGAAACUAAGUAUAGCAGAACGUUUGCCUGUUUAGAGGAAUGGGGAUUGCGGCAUUCGGGAACCAUCGGGAAUCUACUAAAGAAUUUGGUUAUCAUGGAACGAUUUGACUGUCUCUCUGAAAUUAGAGAAUCCGUAUUGAGAGAUAUAAAAAAUCACAUCGAAAGGACAACACGAAAUAGUGAGAUGGUACUUAACAUUGGGAAUAUUGAUAAUGAAAACAAUCUUGGUUCAAGUACCGCAUGCAAAACUGUAACAUCGUUAAACACAGAUCUCAAAGUUGUUGGUGAAAACAACUUGUCAGAUAACUGUUUACCAUCGAUAAACACAGACAAAAAAGUUAUUGGUGCAAAUAACUUCUCCGAUAAUUGUUUACCAUCGUUAAACAUAGAUAAAAAUGUUUUUGGGGAAAACAACUUAUCCGACAACUGUUUACAAGAAGAUGAAGGCUAUAGGACGUGCUCGUUAAAUGAUGAAGAACUUCGAUCCUUAAUAAAUGGAAACGAAAACGAGGCAGUGAAUCUUCAACAAGUGGAUAGUGUUGAGAGUACAAUAAGUAGAAUUAGUAGAGAGAACACAUCUAUUACAGAUCACAAUAGGAAUGAGACAACUAAACUUGCCAAUAUUAACAAUACAGGAGACAUAGAGAUAAACAUUCGCUGUGCAGUUGAAAAUAAAAAACGCGGGACAGUUGAAAAUAGCAAAAUCAAAAAGUUAGAUAAGGUUGAAGACACAGAGAGAAGCAUAUGUGCAGAUGAUGGAGUUCGUUAUCUGGUACCGCGACCAGUCAGUCCAGUUUAUGAAGACGAUGGAUUUCUAACUACAGACGAUAGGGAAGGUUUUCUAAAAAGAUAUUCUGCUUGCAUUUGUUGUGCUGAUGAAAAUAUAAAUCUUGCUAAUGAAAUCAUCAUGAAAUACAAAGACCAGAACGCUGAUUUCUUUUUGCCACAGGAAGCAUUGCUAAGUGGAAAAUACGAAUUUGAAACCUUAGCGGAAGUCAUAGAAACAAGGUGUGACAGCAGACUUAUAGUUAUUCUCUCUAAACAUUACCUUACCAGUCCUGCUUGUGUAUUUGCAACACAGUUUGUCAAGACACUCGAUCCAGAUGCUAAACGCAGAAAGAUUAUUCCCGUACUCCUAGAUGAAGAUGUAUCUUAUCCCCGUGUCUUACGUGGCAUCAGCUCAAUUAAAGCCCGGCGGCUAAAGUUUGGACAUGGAUUUUGGAAUUUACUGGGUUCGUCGUUACGUCUAAAAAAAGUUAUAAAUGAUGAAGAAAUAAACAAUGCCAACAAACUCAACAUGAACAGUUUCGACAAAACCGAUCAAUUUUGUUUACACAAACAGUGUGAUGCAACUCAACAGAUGGAAAAGUCUGAAAAAAAUAAUUCAUUCCAACAACAAAUGGAUCAUUUAAAUUCUACGGAAAAAAUGUCGUGUGUUCUGACUAAUGAUUUUCCAUCGGAUAAACCUGCCAUGAGCGUUGCUUGUUGUGAUCUACCAAGUGGUGCCUCAGGAAUAUGUCAAAAAGAACAAUAUGCGAGUCUUACAACGGGUAAGAAAGACAAGAAAAAUCCGGGACUUAAAACUCUUAGACGGAUUAUGAAAAGUUUAAAUAUCAUUGACCGGAAGCCCAAAUUACAAUACACAAAACGUUCUCAUUCGACAGGAGAGGCUAUACCGCAACCAACACACGCACAUGUAGAGCCGAGAUCACAUUCUACUAAUGUUCCUCCCACAAUGGAUACAUAUUUAUCUGAUGAACUGGCCCAUACAUGUUCAUCACCUAUUUUUAACAUAUGUCAUACAGAAUCAGAGCUAACACUUUCAAGUGAUAGCGAUACAUUGUCGGCGCAAGAUAGUACCAAUAACUUGUCAAGCUGUGAGUACAGUGAAAUAAAAAAUGACCUUUCUAAUGAUUUGCAAAAUUUGCAUAAGAAGAGUAAUGCUAAUUCUUCUGGUCAAUCAAGUGGUCAAAAUAUUCUUAGCCCCAAUAUAGAACCGCUAUCGCCUAAGGAUUUAACAACUGAAACGAACAAUCUUGAUUCAACAUCAAGACAACCAGCACGUGAUGAUAAUGUUAUACCAGAUACCGGAUCUACGUCAUAUGAUACCACGAGUUUAUUGUCCGAAGUCACAAGUUCAGAUAACAAUAGCAUUGUUUCGAAUUCUAGAAAGGAAUCGUUAGACAAUUGCAGUUAUGCAUCUUCCUUUCGACAAAUGAAAUUUGGGAACGACAGUCGGCAGACCUCUUUCGAGAGUAAUAGGUCAGCUUCGUUUGACGGGAAUAGUAUGACGUCAAUCGAAGACAACAUGGCUGCUGAUAAACAAACAGGAUUUUUUUCAUGUGAACAAAUUGUCAGUAGUGACAAAGGAACUAGAAGGAAAUCAGGAGUCGUGUUUGAAAUUAUGCUGUAAAUAAGUACGUGUUUCUUUUGAUUCGAAAUAAACAGACCAUGGAAAAAUAAAGGAAUAGCUAUGUAUGAUAAAAAAUUAAUUAAAUGGCAUAUAUGUUUAUAAAACAAAUUCGUUCUAGUCCAAAAUAUGUAAUCUUUGUUUGUGUGCGCUAAAUUAAAAUGUUCAAUUGUGAAAUGCUUGUCUGUCACAAAAUGUUAUAUCAAUACCAUUGUAUCAUAGUAA